UCCCUUCGUUCGUACACCCCUCUCAAGGUCAUUGGAGAUGGAUCCUUUGGUACGGUCUGGUUGUGCGAUUGGCACGGGACGCUACCGCCCAAUACACCAGUGUCUGCUAUGCAGUGCGGUGCAGGUGCACGGCCGGAGUACGCUGAGAAGCGGCUCGUGGCUGUGAAGAGAAUGAAGAAGCGAUGGGAAGGUGGUUGGGACGAAUGCAAGCGACUCAAGGAGCUGGAGUCUCUGCGCGCAAUACCAUAUCAUCCUAAUAUUAUUCCGCUUUACGACUUCUUCCUUCUACCGGAGACCAAGGAGCUCUACUUCGUCUUUGAGUCCAUGGAGGGUAAUCUCUACCAGUUAAUCAAGACGCGAAAAGGCAAACCGUUGGCCGGCGGUCUCGUCUCGUCGAUCUUCCGACAAGUCGUGCAGGGCCUGCACCACAUUCAUUCAUCGGGCUACUUCCAUCGCGACAUGAAACCAGAGAACCUCCUUGUGACUACGACGGGGCUGUACGACUAUCGCCCCGUCUUUCCAGAUGCCCCUCCAAAUGCACCUCCUGAGAAGGACGUUGUGGUGAUCAUCAAAUUGGCGGACUUCGGUCUAGCGCGCGAGACCAAUAGCGCACCACCAUAUACGGAAUACGUCUCGACACGGUGGUAUCGUGCUCCGGAGGUGUUGCUGAAGAGCAGAGACUAUUCCAACCCGGUGGAUAUGUGGGCGUUAGGCACGAUUAUGGCGGAGCUGGUCAAUCUUCGACCUCUUUUCCCGGGGCAGACGGAGAUAGACCAGGUCGCCAGGAUUUGCGAGCUGCUAGGAGAUCCUGUAGAAGACUAUGGCAUGAACCAGCGAGGUAAGCCUCACGGCGGUGGGCAAUGGCCGAGAGGUGUACGGAUGGCGAGAAACAUAGGCUUUCAGUUCCCGAAGGUAAGGUGA